CACUUUCACUCUGCCAUUUGCUAACUGCUUUACCUCCAUCACGCUUCUGUUCCUUUUUGUCUGUAGUCUCUGUUCCCGCAGAAGCCUUCUAUCAGAAUCAUGGCAGGCUGUACAGCAUGAUGAAGGGGAAAAUGGGUCCCUCCAACGUGCACCUGUUCACAGGCACGCUGUGUAAGGAGCUGCACGAGCACAUGGCGCACCUGGGCACUGCUGGCACGGGCGACCUCAUGGAGCUGGUGAGGCACGUCAUGUAUCCAGCAGUGGUGAACACUUUGUUUGGGAAAGGCGUCUGCCCGACCAGCCAGAGCCAACUCAGGGAGUUUGAAGAACAUUUUUGGAAGUACGAUGAGGACUUUGAAUAUGCUUCUCAGAUGCCAGAGUGCUUCCUGAGGAACUGGUCUAAAUCCAAAAAAUGGCUUCUAAAAUUAUUUGAGAAAGUAGUGUCAGAUGCUGAAAGAACCAACCCUUCAGAGACCACAUCCAAGACACUACUUCAGCACCUCCUGGAUAACCUGCAAGGAAAACAUCUGGCUCCCAACUAUGGUCUCCUGAUGCUCUGGGCCUCCCAAGCAAAUGCUGUCCCUAUUGCAUUCUGGACCCUUGUUUUCAUACUCUCUUAUCCUACGGUUUACAAGAAAGUCAUGGAAGACCUGGCUUCUGUUUUUGGCAGUGCAGGUAAGGAUGACAUAGAAGUCUCUGAAGAGGACCUGAAGAACCUCCCUUAUGUUAAGUGGUGCACUUUGGAAGCCAUACGGCUGAGGUCUCCAGGUGCAAUCACCAAGAAAGUAAUAAAACCAAUCAGAAUUCAGAGUUUCACCAUCCCUGCAGGUGACAUGCUGAUGUUGUCUCCAUAUUGGCUGCACAGGAAUCCAAAAUAUUUUCCUGACCCAGAAAUGUUCAAACCUGAUCGUUGGAAAGAGGCAAAUUUAGAGAAGAAUGCUUUCUUGGACGGCUUUGUGGCAUUUGGAGGAGGGAAGCAUCAGUGUCCAGGAAGAUGGUUUGCUAUCAUGGAAAUCCAGUUGUUCGUUGUGCUGUUCCUGUAUAAAUACCAAUUUGUGCUUUUGGAUGCAGUACCAAAGGAGGUAAAAGAUCUGUGCCUUUUUCUGCCAUUCCACAUCUUUAAAUCCUUCACGCACUGGGCUCAGCUGAACGACCGUUCUCAACUGAGUUUAUGUGUAAUGAAGCAGAAUGCUUUGAGGGGCAUUUAAAAACAUAGAAUCAAU